AUGCGCUCGAAAAUAUUUGAUGAUGCCGAACUCGAACGACUACGACGUGAGGCUAUUCCAUCGUCGAAUGAAUCGGCUAUGGCUGGAGAUGCAGCUCCACAUCCGACAGACCAGCAUCCACACGUGGAAGCCGCCAUAGAUCUUCCAGUUGUGGUUGAUUCGAACGACGGUGAAAUAUUCUCCCACGAACUAGAGGAAAUGAGGAGUAUAUUGGAAGAGCCGGAUAUCACGCAGAAACUAACGGAGCGCAUAGACAACCUGAAGCAAAAGAUCGCUGCUUGGGGGAAGCGGAUUCGACGAUUUACCGCGAGGUCAAGGCGGUUCAACCAGAAUCGUCUCUUCCAGAGUGAUCAUAAGAGGCUCUAUAAAUCAUUGGAGCGACCAAAGGUAUGUGGAGCGGGCCAAGGACCCGAUCAGGCUGACAUUAUCGCAUUCUGGCGAGGCCUGUUGUCAAAGCCCGUAAACCACAACGAGGGCCCUUGGAUGGAAGUUGUGGCGAGCCAGGGUGCGAGUGUUACGCCUAUGACCACGCCAAGACGUGGCUGA